AUGGAUACCAAUAUGGAGGACGUAAAGAUGCCAGAGCCCAUGCAGCUGUCGUCUGCCCCCACGUCUGAGCCGACCACAAUCCCCACGCUGGAUGGCUGGAUCGAGAGCCUCAUGAGCUGCAAGCAGCUGGCCGAGAGCGAUGUGCAGAGACUAUGCGACAAGGCCCGCGAGGUACUCCAGGACGAGUCCAACGUACAGCCAGUGAAAUGCCCCGUCACAGUCUGCGGUGAUAUACAUGGCCAGUUCCACGAUCUGAUGGAGUUGUUCAAGAUCGGCGGCCCCAACCCGGACACAAACUAUCUCUUCAUGGGUGACUAUGUCGACCGAGGCUACUUCUCCGUCGAGACUGUGACCCUUCUGGUCGCGCUCAAAAUUCGAUACCCCCAGCGCAUCACCAUCCUCCGUGGCAACCACGAGUCCCGUCAAAUCACCCAAGUGUACGGCUUUUACGACGAGUGUCUCCGCAAGUACGGCAACGCCAAUGUGUGGAAAUACUUCACAGACCUUUUCGACUACCUGCCGCUCACUGCCUUGAUCGACAACCAGAUCUUCUGUCUGCACGGUGGUCUCUCUCCUAGCAUUGACACGCUCGACAACAUCAGGGCGCUUGACCGCAUACAAGAGGUGCCUCACGAGGGACCAAUGUGCGACCUGCUCUGGUCCGACCCAGAUGACAGGUGUGGCUGGGGAAUCUCACCCCGCGGUGCAGGAUACACGUUCGGCCAGGACAUCUCAGAGGCCUUCAACCACAACAACGGCCUGACCCUAGUGGCACGUGCUCAUCAGCUAGUCAUGGAGGGGUACAAUUGGUCGCAAGACAGGAAUGUCGUGACCAUCUUCUCGGCACCCAACUAUUGCUACAGAUGUGGCAACCAAGCCGCGAUCAUGGAGAUUGAUGAGCACCUGAAGUACACCUUCUUGCAAUUUGACCCUUGCCCACGUGCUGGCGAGCCCAUGGUCUCACGAAGGACCCCCGAUUACUUCCUUUAG